AUGGUUGUUUACGCCGAUGCUGCCCCGUCCCUGGCGGGGAGCACGAUUAUGCUCACGAUAUUGGCUUUCAUCACAUAUGGCUUGCGGGUCUACUGCAGAGUGACUCGCAGGUCGUGGGGUGUAGAGGAUUGGAUUAUGACGGGUGCAAUGGUACCCUUCGCUGUGCUUGUUGCAGGAUGUAUUGGAGGAGCCUUCAAUGGACUGGGCGCGAAGAAUGCGACUCUCGCCCAAAGUGGCAACGAAAAAUACUCUACAGAAGGAAAAAAGUUCUUCCUCAUCUUUGAAGUCGGCUACUGCGCUGCCAUUAUUCCCAUCAAGCUCAGUAUCAGUUGGAUGUUGAUUCGAGUGGCCCAAGGUCGCAAGGCAUACCUCUACGUGCAAUAUGUUGUCAUCGCUACCUUCGUGUGUAUGAACUUCAUUGCCCUGAUCUUCAUUUUGACAAACUGCAUACCCGUCGAGGCUGCUUGGAGCGCCUCGGCACUUGCGAAUGGAGGCCACUGCAAGCCAAGCUAUGUUCUUGCGGACGUUUACUACGCCUGUACCGCCGUGAAUAUUGUCACCGACUGGAUCACAGCUUUCCUCCCGGUACCUUUGCUCUGGAAUGUGCAAAUUAACCGCAACACCAAAAUUUCGAUCAUUGGCCUGAUGGGUCUCGGUAUCUUUGCAUCACUAUCAGCAUGUGUUCGACUUAAAUACACCGUCGCCCUCACCAACCAAAACGAUUAUCUCUACGGCGUCGCAGACGUGGUCAUCUGGGGAUUCGCAGAGAACAGCAUCGGCAUGAUCGUUGGAAAUGUGGCUACUCUGCGCCCAUUGUUCCGUAUUCUGCGCGACGGCAAGACUUCCGAUUACAAGAACUACCACCAAUCACCCGGAUACAACAACUCGCACCGCACUGGAGGAAUGAUGAACUCUCGCAACUACGAGCUCAGUGAGAAUGUCAAGGGCCUCAACCAUAUGACUACUACGUCGGCUAUUGAUCACAAUCCUCGGGGUAGCUUGAGUGACGGGGAUAGUCAGAAGGAGAUCCUUGAUAAUGGUCAACGGCCUGGUGAGGCUGAUAUUGUCGUGAGUCGGCAGAUUCACGUGGCGUAUAACUGA